UUCCCGGUUACCGCAUAAGAAUGGCGGAACAGUUUUCGGCUUCAACCGCUUUUACGAACAUGAACAACAACACGGACGGAUGGGGUGAUGAUUGGGGCGAUUGGAAUGAUAACGCCGCUACGAGCGUGGAUACGGCAAUGCCCAAGACAAUUGGUAACGUGCAAACAACACCGAACGCACCUCCUAAUGCAUACUUCCAACAGCAGCAGCAGCAGCAACCUCAACAACAUCUCCAAACACAAUAUCAACCACAGCAAAUUAAUCCAAGCGCAGCAGGAACAACGUAUUUGAACAAUGCAGCAAACCGAAUGGAUCAACACAAUCACAACUAUAUGCCAAACUUUGCGCAAGGUUCCGGUGGAUAUCAGCAGCAGAUGAUGGCGCCUACUACGGCUAACCAAUAUCCUACCACGAAUUACGCACCAUCGCAACCGGCGUAUGGACAGACAAAUAAUUUCUUCAACUCACCAUCCUCACACUCGGCCCCUGCAUCACAGCGCCCACCCUCGCAACCACCAGCUUCGACAACGCCCCAACUAGUGCCGACCUUCAGCCAAACCAUUUCCGAUAGCUUCGAUACAACGGCAGGAAACAGCUGGAACUGGACCGUGCCGGAACCAUUAAACCAUGCGCAACCAAUUGUCUCUAAGGUGCAGACGGAUGAAAGUGUCGCGCCAAAACAAUUACCGCAACAACCUCCAGCACCGCAGCAGUAUGAGGACUUCCCGCAAUCGGGCCACAUACCUCCAGCAAACGCUCAAAUGCAACGUCUGAAGGCGGAAACACUUUCGCCACAGUGGUCAAUCGAAAGUCAGGUGUCGUCUGGCGAUCGCUCACUGGAGAGUGAUCCUAGUGGUGAUAAUAGAGGCACAUCCCAGCCUAACACAGGCGUGCCCUCGGACGAGGACUUGGCCAGCGGUGUAAAAGGAUCGUUUAACGGUGGAAAAACAUCUGGUGUGGAAAAUUCCGAACGACAACCUACAUCCUACGCUACACCUUUUGCAACGUCGUCUGCCGCAGCCUCGCUGGAUAGUGUUCCCGACAAGCUAGAUGAAGUUUUGGAGGCUUUAAGCAUUAAGCAGGAAGCUACGGAAAUCGCUGGUGGGCACAGCAACCUCGAAAGCAAUUACCGUGGCGAGCAAACGUUUCCACCGCCUCCGCCUUCAAUCGUCGGAACGGCGGCUGCUGGACCGCUGGUGAAUGAAUCGCUAACGCAUGCCUCUAAAUCGUCAUCCACCACACCACCCUUGCCACCACCACCGAUCGAUAAUCCAACGGUGGCAUCGUUGUCAGCUGGUGGAGGACCUUCACCGCCAUCCAUGUCCGGACCGCCUAUGGUUAGUGGACCACCACCGAAAGCAAUGCAAAUUGCCAGUUCGAACCCGUUCAAGCGAACCGGUCCACGGUCUCAUACAGCUACACCAGGAUUGGGUGUUGGACCAUCGACUACGUCGAUCGCACCACCUUCGACGAAUGCCGGUAACACGUUCUUUUAUCAGCAGCAGACACAACAUCCCGCAUUACUGCAACCAGCGCCCGUAGAGGAAGUGCACGGUAACAACAGCGAAACAUUAACACCAGAGAAUCAGGAAAUUCUCGUCGAAACACGCAGCGAGCAAUCGAUGGAAAAUCAAGAAAUUGCUCCCAACAACGAUCGAAAUCAGUACCUCCAAACGGGCCACCUGUCGGAGGAUGGUUACGGCGCAGAGACACCACUGUCCGCUACGGUUAACUCGCGUGCUGCUCUUCAAGCGGUCAGCGGAUCUGAAAUGGACGCUAGUCACGGUGACACUAACGAUAGUCGUCUUCCACCGCCGGGCCUGUCCCGAUACGUGCCGGGCCAGAACGAACAGCAACCGGAACCGUUUGUGCAAUCGGCCAUUGGCCAAAACUUUCCGGAACCACCUCCCGGGCUGGACCGUAUGGUGCCCGGUAUGGAUCUACAGAACGUGUCGGAUCUUUCGCUCGAGCGUCAAGCAGAUGGUGAGGUAUCGGAUAGUACACCAGCACCGGUCAAUAUGGCAACGGUUGCAAUGAGCGCUAGGAAUGAUCAUCUGCAUCACCACCAUAAUCAUCACGGUCACCAUCAUCAUGAGCGGCGUGUCGAUAUGAGCGAUCGUAAUCUGUAUCGUGUUCCCGGCGAGGAUGACAAUCACAACCAUCACAACCAACAGCGCGUAGUACCGGGUGGAGGGUUAGAAAAUGAGCGUCCUGUGUCGGCAUCCGUGUCCGUGCCGAACGUUCCCAUAUCGGCUAUUCCGGGAGCGUCGAGCUCCGCGGGAUUGAUAAACGCUGUGGCGACGCUUGACAUGCCUGAGGAGCAGCGGGAAUUAGUAAUGGACGGUGAAAAUCCGGAUGAUCAACGGGAAGAUUCGUUGGUGGGAGGUAACUCCGUACCGGCAAUGUCUGCGGCCGGUUCCGGUUCCAGCGCUGCCGGUGCUAGCGGUGGCCCCAUUGCUCUGGAAACGGAGUCGAAUGUUACGGCCGACACGUCCCGCAUGGAACCGUCAAACACGUCGACGGCGGACGACAGCGAUAAGGGUGGUUUUUACGGAGCCGGGGGUAGCUCGAAAGGUGCCGGUCGUCGAGAGGACGACAAUCUACGACGAUCGAACAAAAGCAAAAGCUCGCGCGAUCGAUACGACACGGAAGAUUCCGAUUACAGCGAACAUGAGCGUCGUCGGCGUGAGCGUGAAACGAGCGUUGGUGUUGCAGGUGGCGGUGGUACGGUAGCUGACUCCGGUUCGCAACGACACGAACGGUCACGCCGCACCGGUGGAAUGCCGGGUGACCGCGACAAGGAUAAACGAAAGGAUAAUGGACGCGAUCGGGAUCGUGACAGAGAGCGGGACCGGGACCGGGAUCGCGAUCGCGAUUAUGACUAUCGCGAUCGUGAUCGUGAGCGAAACAGAUACGACCGCGAUCGUGAACGCUAUGGGCGCAGUAGUAAGUAUGAUCGCGAAAGUCGCUACGAAACCGACGGUUCAAAGUACGAAACCGAACGAUCGACCCGAUACGACAAGGAAGAUAAACGAUACGGUGGUUCUACGCGCGACGAUUACUACCGAAAGCGUGAUGAGCGAGGACCGGCGGACGAUACACGCGGUGCUGCGGGUCGAGACCGCGAUCGGGAUACACUUGAAAGACGGCAGAGAAAGGAAAAGGAACGUUCGGAGCGGUACCGAGGUGAUGAACGAAGGAAAGAUGAUCGCUACCGGGAGGGCGAGAAGCGUCGCGAUCGCCACGAUCGACGAUAUGAUCCGGAAGAUUAUCGUACGGGUAGCAGAAAUGGAACCGAGCGUGAUCGUACUCGGGACAGCCGCGAAAGGGACGACCGAAAGGAGAAGGAUCGCAAGUACAUGAGCGCUGCUAGCGGAUACGGUAUGGUAGCUUCCGGUGCUGCCGGUGCUUACGGUCCGUCCAGCGGGUACUACGAUCCGUACAGUUACUACGCCCAACAUCAGCAGUAUUACGAACAGCUGCGACGCACGAACCCCCAAGCGUACGCCGAAUGGUACCGUACGUAUUACGCGCAAAUGCAGGCGAGCCAGCUGCAGCGCGAUCUUCUAACGACGGAUGGACGCGAGUCGGUUCACUCCGGUCGCAGCUCAGCAAACGACAAGGAACGGUUUAAUCGGACCACACCGUUUAUGCAUCCGCCCGGUGUGUACAAUCCGGAGGAGUACCAUCGCCAUUUUAAUAAUCAAUCGUUACCGUCGGCUGCCGCGGCGACCGGUGCAGCCGGUCCGAGUUCGCUGCUCGACCAAAGCUAUCUGACCGACGUGUCUGGCCAGCCGUCGUCACUGCCACCGAUGUUCCACCAUCAGGCGCAUGCCUUCCAGCAUCAAGCGCAACUACACCAGCAGCACCAGCGGGCAAACACAUCGCUGGCAAUGGACCGAACGUAUCGUAGCGAAGCGGGCGGAUACUUUCAACCAAGAAUCGAUCAAAUUGAUGCAUCUGCGAUUAAACCCGAGACCGGAACGGAGCUCGCGAUGAUGGAACCAGAACGCUUAACACCGCGCAAGUUCCCCGAAAUACAUCCCAUCGUAAGCGUGUCUGCCGGUUUGCUUAUUUCGACCAAAAAUCGUUUGACCAUGAACGGAAUGGCGGAUACAGUUAAAAUAUAUAGUCUAGGAUACAACGAUGCUAGCAGAAAACUGUUUCAAACAUACCCGGGACCGCUGGUAAAGGGAGUGACGCAUAAAAAGUCAGUGAUCGAAUUCUGCGAGGAACAGCUGCGCCAAGGGCCUCCUUAUAGUGGUGCAUUGGCUUUGAUUAAAUCGCGUGGCAAUUCGAUCAACAGUCUUCAUUCGUCUUCACUAGCUCCUGGCGUUAACCGUAGCUCGUUUGCGCUGUUGUGGAAUUACAUCAUUCUACUACUGAGACAAAAUGGCACAUUUGUUGGGACAGAUAUCUCGGAACUGUUGAUGCGGAACAAGGAGGAGUACCCAUUCGAGUCGAUUCUGCCUAGUGUAACGCGUUCUGCUAAUAUAAGUGGACGCAACUCAUCCCUAUCCCAGGCAGCUGCAGAACGGGAAGCAGAUACCCGACAGGAAGGGGAUAGUGAAGAGGCAGGAGAUGCUCCGCUGGAUGGUGAGGGUGCACAGGAAGUGCUGAAAGAUUCGCUAGCAGAAGUCGCACCAAAAACACUGUCUGAGCUAGAGAUCACGGACAAGUUCCGCAGCUAUCUGCUCUAUGGAAACAUUAGUGAAGCCCUCGAAUGGGCUACAGAGCAUAAUCUCUGGGGACACGCACUAUUCCUCGCUUCGAAGGUAGACUCGCGGCAGCAUGCAAACGUGAUGAUGAAGUUUGCCAAUAAGCUAACGUUAAACGAUCCGCUCCAAACGUUGUACCAGCUGUUGAGUGGGAGAACUCCAGCAUCUGUUACGAGUGUUUUGGAUGAAAAGUGGGGUGACUGGCGGCCGCAUUUGGCGAUGCUGAUGUCAAACAGUUCUGCCAAACCGGAACUGAUCAAGAAGUCGAUCACAACGCUCGGCGAUACGCUGCUACAUCGAGGCGACCUGUAUGCAGCACACUUUUGCUACCUCUUGUCCGAUGUGGCCUUUGGUCGAUUUGCCGACGUUAAGCAGGAUGCCGCUGUUGGUAACAAUGGUACCGUCAGAUUGGUGUUACUUGGUGCUGCUCAUCACAAUCGUAGCUUCCGCGAGGUGUCUACGAACGAAUCGAUUAUGAUGACCGAAAUCUACGAGUAUGCGCGAUCCUUGAACGAAGAUCGUUAUUCAAUUGCGGAAUUACAGCGCUACAAAUAUCUGCUAGCUUGUCGUAUGCUUGAUCAGGGCAUGCAACUGAAAUGUUUGCUCUACAUGGAACAAAUAGCGGACCAAAUACAGUACGAUCCGUACAGUUUUGAUACUGAUUUUGUGCGAAAGGUAUACACGCUUGGUGAUCGGUUGAAGUAUUACGAUCCGGUCAUGGAAAAGGCUCUGGAUGAAUCAGUAAACAACACCGGGCGGGGAAAUAUCUACGCGAACGUAGAAGAUCCACAAUGGUUGAAACGGUUGAACGAAAGACUCCUCAACGGUUCUUCGAAUGGUGCCUCACAUUACAAUAACGCUAGCGAUGGUCAAGUGACGUAUGAUUAUAACAGCUACGGAUAUGCUGCGGAUCAAACACAGGCUGACGAAGCCGUUGCUAAAGAGCGGCAUCUUUCUGUUCUGGAACCACCGUACCCAUCGGAAUCGAACGACAUUAACAAGCAGUUUAACGAAAUUAGCCAGCAGCUUGGUCAGCUUAAUUUGCAGUACAGUGAUCAACAACAGUCGGAGGAACAACAAUACCCAUCGUCGCAGCCCAAUACCGCUCCGUACGAGUUGAAUCCCGCUGUACCGAAUUACGAUCAAGGUUACGAAUCGAUUAACCAACAAUCGCUGAUUGAUCCAACGGUCGAACAAGCGGUCCAACAGUUGCAGGACGAUUAUAGGCAGCAGCAAAUUCAACAAGUCCACCACCAAAUGCAUAUGCAGCAUUUGAAAAGCUAUGUUGAACAGCAACAGCAGGAUUUACAGCCGCAGCAAAAUCAGCAGUCAGCCGGAACUAACUUUUUCACACCAGCUCCAGCAAACAAUGAAACAAUGUCGGCGCCAUACGAUACAGGAUACUGGGGCGCCCCUGGUAACAGUGAGGCACCGAAACCGACGAUCUCAAUGCCAAAUUCUGUCUCGAAGCGGCCCGGCUUUGGCGAUGAUACCGACGACGAACGAACGGGAGGAAGAGGUGCGGGUCAGGCCGCGAUGUCUGGAAAUUCGGCACCCGGUGGUAAACCACAGCAAAUGUCGAGUGGAGCCGCUCAAGCGAAAAAGAAUGCUCCCGCUGCUAAGGAUGGAAAAUCUGCUGCUGGGGCCGCCGGUGGCAAUGUUCAAGGAUCUGGUUGGUUCGGUGGUAUAUGGAACAAGUUUUCACUCAAACCGAAAAACCAGAUGAUACUGCCCGAUGAUAAAAAUCCAAAGAUUGUUUGGGAUGAAGUGACGAAACGUUGGGUAAAUACGGAUGAAAAUGAGACAGAAGCGGAAGCAUACAAACCACCGCCCAAGAUGUCUGAUCUCGUCACUGCUGGUCCAACUAUUACGGGUGGUCCUUCACAAAUGAGUCCCCCGGGUGUUGCUGCAGGACCGUCUGUACCGCAUAUGCCAUUGCAAGAUUCUGGUUCUGCUUAUCCGCAACCAGUGCCCAAUGCGAUGGGUGGAACUGAAAGUACUCAAAUCCGUUCUUCACAACCCAUUGGUGGUGGUAAUGUUGCCGGUGUAGUGCAAUCAAAUGUUGCGACGGUCAAUGCUGCUGGUCCGGUAGGGGAACCGACGAAAGUUCCCACACUGCAGUCCAACAUGUACAAAAUGCAACGCAACCGAACCCUGAAACGAUCCUACGUUGAUGUGUUCAAUCCAUCCGGUGCGGCCCCGAGCAAACCCACGGAACCGGUACUAGCACCGGCUGUUCCCACGUUGCCUAACGCUCAGGGAAGCUUUUUUGUCCCUGGCGGAGCUCCUAAUACGGGAGGAGCUGAACAACAGUCGGAUAAUGUCGCUGAGGGAAUGCCACAGUUUUACAACCCCAAUCAAUUCGCUGGUGGACCCGGUGGUUAUCAGCAAUAAUAUCGAACUGCUUACCAAACCUCAUUCAAGCUCAACUCAGGAUGAUGAAACCACGGCCCCUAAUACAGCUGUGUGUGUGUCUCCUUCUCUCUCUGCAGACAGUGCGGACAGUAUCCUGUUCCGUUUGUUUUUGCUGAAGAAUUUGGUUGCUUCACAUACACGCACACCGCAUGGACACCGAGGUUUGCUAACACAAAAGUAUCAGCCACGUAUUCAAACACAAGUUUAAAGUUCAGUAGUGUGCAUCCCCCGUUUUACCUGCGUUUUAUGUUAUUAUGUAUUUUCAAUGUUAUGUGUUAUCCUUACCUUAUCUCGUGGCUUCCGAUUCAUACCGCAUAUUAUUUUUUUCGUCAGUUAUGCCUACCUUAAGUUGACGGCAAUAUUACAUAAAAUGGAAAAUAAGCGAAUGACGUUAUUUAAUAUCAGUUCGUUUGAUUUGUCCUGAGAUAUUUACAGUCUUAUUCGUUGAGAGGUAGAAAGCUGUACGUGAAUGAACUCUGUACCCCGAACGGGUUGUAGAAAAUGUGCCGGUUUUCAUCUGAGAAUGCAACUAUGGGGCGAAUCAUUUGAAUAUAGCAGCAGUACGAAAUAUUAUGUGCAACGAAAACUACCCACGGUAGAAAAUCAAAGGCAAUGAUUAAUGGUUCUUUCGGAACUUAUUUCACUUAGUUGUGUUCCUGCAUUGGUGGUUUGUGAUGCGUUUUCUUAUAAGUUGGGGAACCAAGACCUAAAAGUGUCCAAUUUCCAUGGUAUGUGUAAUCUAUUGGUUUGUUAAAGUGUUAAAUUGUUUUAUGUGACGUUAUGUUGCGCCUUCGUUCCAUGUAAUCAAUAUAGACAGAAAACAAUACAUUUAGGCUAAGAGCCCGGCUGCGCAGUGGAACACUGGAUGACAUUCUUAGUGAGAGUUAUGUUCAAUGUUUUUCUUUUUUUUUAUUUGUUGACGGGUAGAAAGGAAAAGAUUAUUAUUAUAAUUAUCAAAAUAUCCCUUUUUCUGCAUAGGUUUAACAUUUGUGUAUGUUUUAUAUCAGGUAUCAAACUAGCAAAGUU